AUGCCCAAAGGCAGCAAAUCGAAAAGGGGUAUCGACAACACAUCAUCCGAUGCAACGAGCAACACCUCCGAUUCAAUUUCGUUUAAUAAAAGGAAAAGUGCGUCGAUUAAGCACCAAUUAAUUGCGUUAAACAAAACAUUGUCGUCGCAUCGUCUUGAUGAACUUGAUGAAGCUGAACUUUCUGUCCACAUGGAGUACGUUGAAAGCAUUCACGACAACUUUGACCACGUGCAUUCUAUUCUCGAAGAAGCUGAUCCACGCGAACUAGAUGGAGUAGGCCGAGCAGAAUUUUUCGACGUGUACCUAGAAGUCAAAGCAAAGCUGUCGCGUCAGCUCAAUUCGCAUCGGAAGACAAACGUAAGGCAUUCAUCGACUGCUAGGCAUUUGGCAUUGGAAGAAUCGCCGCCAACGUUAUUCUCAUCGCAAAGAAGGUCUCGCCUCCCUGAGCUGAAAAUACCAAAAUUUAGUGGAGCGUACAUUGACUGGCCUAAUUUUUUUGCCAUGUUCAGUAGCGUUAUUGACAAGGACCUCGAGUUAAGCAAAGUGGAGAAACUCCAACAUUUACGCGCUAGUCUACAAGGAGCCGCUUUGGAAACAAUUUGCUCGCUAGAACCGGUUGAGGAGAAUUAUGACAAAGCCAUUGCCCUAUUAAAAAAUCGAUUUGAUAAUAAAUUACUUAUUUUUCAGGCUCACAUUAGGGCGAUUAUCGACUUGAAGAGUGUUGAUAAAGGUUCAGCCAAUCGUUUGCGCGAAUUGUGCGACAAUUUUAAUUCCCAUCUUCGUGCACUUAACACCAUGGCAACACCAGAACAAAUAUCGGAUGGUUUGCUCAUACAUCUCGUUACUAGAAAGUUCGAUCAGAAGACGCAGGAGAAGUGGGAGGAGGACUUCCCAUGCCGACACUGCCAACUUUGA